ACAGUUUUUAAAAAGCUAAAUAAAAAAUCCUCAUGAAUGUGUUUCAUAGGUUGCUGAAUCCUAGGAUUUAGUUAAGGUAGUUGCCAUUGCACUGGCAAAAGCAGCAUUACUGGUACUUUCAUUAUCAGAGCUGAUAUGCCUUUGAAGUUGAACACCAGUUAUUUAUGUUGUAUGAACACAAUAGCCCCACAGUUGGCCACUAUAGAAAAUAGGACGCUGAGCUAGAUAAGCGUUUGGUCUGAUCCUGCAUGGCUCAUUUUAUGUUUUCAUUGUAUGUUCAGUUAGAAGCAACACAGGUAGAUCUGGUAGAUAAUUCUCUCAAGCUCUGAGAGAUAGUUGACACAAGCAACAGAUGCUCAAUCUUGGAAUGUCAGAAUCAGAGGUGCUCUAAGAGGACUUUAUUAGUAUGCUAUAACAUAGAUUAUCCUUGAUGCAAAGCUGGCAUCUAAAGCAGAUACAUAUUGGCUGUCAACCAGGCUUAGCAAUCAUUGACCUAUACACAAAGGACUCGAGACUGAAUUACAAAAGCCAUUAUUGAAGCUGUGAGCCGGAAAGGGACAGGAUAAAGAGAUAGAACACUUUAAGGUAUUUUGAACUUUAUUUAAAGCAUUUAAAUACAUGCAACUCAUAACAAGACAAUAUAGAAGUGUGUGUGUGUGUGUAAUUGUUAGAGACAACUCUGCUUGUGAAGAAGGAUCGAAACAAGUUAUAAGUCUGGGGAACUUGUGACAGAGCAAGGGGGAGUCGUGAAGUAACGCACCCCACACCUGCAAAUAAACAAGCCAAGACUUUAUCUUUUUUUUUAAAUGCAGUUUUGAAUUAUGUUCUAUAGUGAAUACUGCAUUUAACCCCUUUUUGUAUACAGUGGUACCUCUGGUUACAAAAGCUUCUGGUUACGAACACUUCAGGUUACGAGCUCCGCUAACCGAGAAGUAGGUGCUCCUGGUUGCGAACUUUGCCCCAGGAUGAGAAUGGAAAUGGCGCGCCGGGUUUCAGGAUAAGAACGGUUUCAGGUUAAGUAUGAACCUCUGGAACGAAUUAAGUUCGUAACCAGAGGCACCACUGUAAUUGUGUUCUUACAGAGAGAAAACAUGAGGGGAAUGAGCAAAAUAAUCCACUGCCCCAACAAGGCCAUUUCUAUGGAAGAGAGAUGCUGGAGGCAGAAGUGGGACCUACUGGUGUGAUGCCUUAUAAGGAGGAACAACCUAGCGACAUAUCUCCCUCUCUUAUCCCCAGACCUCGGGGAAAUCGAGCUCGGCAUGUGAGCUACCUCUUCCUUGCCCUGUGUGUCUGUUUCCUGUGCCUCACUGAGCAGAGCCUAGACCUUGUCUUCCAUUGCAUUGUCAUCCAUUUCACAGCCCUGCAGGUUGGAGCGCUGUGUCAGGGGGCCUGCAACUUCGCAGAAGAGCUGCGUCAUGUGACAUCCAGGUACCAUGGAAGCUACUUAAGGGCCCUGAAUGCUUGCCUAGAGCUACGCAAACGUUCUUUCCUAUUUCUCCUGCUGUGUGGAGUAGCCUACCUGCAUCUCCUCAAAGAAUCUGGCCUUCCAGUGUGUCGGAACCUGAUCAUUGUGUGCUUCUGCCAACUUUUAAACUUUGUCUUUGACCUUCAGCAUCCAUCAGCUGCUGAGAUUUCUGAAAUGUAUGAGAGAAACAACUGCAAUGUAGCACAGGGACUUGCCUGGUCAUAUUACGUUGGGUAUUUAAAAUUCAUUUUGCCUGGCCUCAAAGAUCGGAUUAGAGAGUUCAACCGAAGCAACAGCCAUUUGCUGAAUUGCGAGAAGACUUGGAAAUUGCACAUAUUGAUUCCCCUGAGCUGCGAUGUGUGUGAUGACCUGCAGACGGUUGACAGUCAUAUUCACUUCAUAAAGAAUUUCCCAGAAUUGAACAUGGAUGUUGCUGGCAUUAAAAAAAGGAGCUACAAAAAUAGUAUCUAUGGGAUAUUGGGUGAAAACAAAGAGAAACAUUUUUGUGUUAUGGAGUAUGCCACUCCUCUGCGGUCCCUCUUUGCCAUGUCCCAAGAUGAAAGUGCUGCCUUCAGCUGUCAAGACCGUUUGGAACAAGCCAAGCUUUUCUGCAGAGCACUGGAAGAAAUCUUACAGAGAUCUAAAUAUUGUUCUGGCUGCUACCGGCUCAUUGUAUAUGAUGAUUCAGAAGAAAAUGACCAGCACUUCCUGUCCAAGACUAUCCUAAGACACAUGGAACAGGAGCUCCAGGAGGAGUAUACCAUGGAUGAAAAGUAUGAAGGCAGCAUACAUAAUGCUGAAUCACACGGGACUCAGCUCCUGAUUAGUGGCACUGAUCAUCCCAUGUCUUUGCAUAGUUGUGGCUACUGAAAUAAUGGCCCCCAUCUCACAGCUCCAUGUCUCUUCUUGUGAAA